AUUAUAACCUCAUGAAUCUCUUCCUUGUUUUCCUUAGUUUUCAUGCCUUUUUGGGCACAUUACAAACUACUAGUUCUUCUUCUUCUAGCAAUAAUGGUACAGUUGUCUUUCAAGUUGGUGUGGUUCUUGAUUUGGACUCGGUAGUAGGUCGCAUGGGACUGAGCUGUUUGGAAAUGGCUCUCUCAGACUUCUAUUUGGUUCACAGUAAUUACAAAACCAGGAUGGUUCUUCAUGUUAGGGACUCUAAAGGCCAAGUCAUUGAUGCUGCUUCCGCUGCUCUUGAUUUGUUGAAAGAUAUAGAGGUGGAUGCAAUAGUUGGUCCCCAAAAAUCUUCGCAAGCCAAUUUUGUGAUGGAACUUGGAGACAGAGCUCAUGUGCCUAUCAUUUCUUUCUCUGCAACAAUUCCUUCUGUGCUUUUCCCAACUCCAUACUUUGUUCAAACAGCUCUUAGAGAUGACACUCAAGUUGGGGCCAUUGCUGCCAUUAUUGAAGCCUUCCAAUGGAAAGAAGUUGUCAUUAUUUAUGAAGACACAGACUAUGGGAAUGGAGUAGUUCCAUAUUUGUCAAAUGCAUUACAAGAUAUCGCCCGAAUUUCCUACACAAGCAUCAUUCCUCUUUCAGCUAGUGAUGAUUUUAUACUCAGUGAGUUAUCCAAGAUGAUGAGAAUGGAAACAAGGGUAUUCGUGGUGCACAUGACGCACUCUCUUGGCACACGCUUAUUUCUUACAGCUAAGGAAAUAGGAAUGCUGUCUGAGGGCUACGCAUGGAUCAUCACUGAUGGGCUAAUGGACCUACUCUACUCAAUGGAUUCUCGUGUCAUAGAAGCAAUGCAAGGUGUCUUGGGGGUAAAGCCUCGCAUUCCCAAAUCAGAAGAACUCAACUCUUUCACAUUUAGGUGGAAGAGGAAGUUUCUUCAGGAUAAUCCUACUAUCAAACAGGCUGAGAUAAGCAUUUUUGGGCUAUGGGCAUAUGACACUAUGUGGGCACUGGCUAUGGCAGCAGAGAAAAUUGGAUUUAGGGAGCCAAUCACUUUAGAGAAAAAUGCAAUGAAUUUGACAAACCUAUUUAGUUUUGGAAUCUCUCAAACAGGUCCUAAACUUCACAAAGCAAUGUUGGAGACAAGAUUUGAAGGGUUGAGUGGUGAGUUCUAUCUUGUUAAUGGACGAUUACAACCUUCGCCAUUCCAAAUAUUAAAUGUAGUUGGAAAGGGGGAGAGAGAGGUCGGAAUCUGGACACAAUCUCAUGGAAUUUCAAGGGAAUUCAACAUGAAUGCGGCAAAUUCUUCAUCAACUUUGAAGGAAAACUUUCGAGCAAUUAUAUGGCCUGGAGAAUCAACACAUGUACCGAAAGGUUGGGAAAUUCCAGUAAAUGGUAAGAAGCUAAGAAUUGGAGUCCCAGUAAAAGAUGGUUUUACUGAAUUUGUAAAGGUGGAAAUAGACUCUCAAUCCAACUCCACAACAUUCAGUGGAUAUUGUAUAGAAAUAUUUGAUUCUGUAAUAAAAGCAUUAUCAUACGAUGUGCCACAUGAGUACGUUCCCUUCAAGAAAGUUGAUGAUGAGAAUUAUUAUAAUGAUCUGGUAUACCAAGUUUAUCUUCAGCAGAAUUAUGAUGCUGCAGUAGGGGACAUUACAAUCACAACAAAUCGGUCGUUCUAUGUGGAUUUCACAUUGCCAUUUGCAGAUGGAGGGGUUUCCAUGAUAGUACCAAUUACAUAUGAGGACAAUAACAGUAAAUGGAUCUUCUUGAAACCGUUCAAUAUGGACCUGUGGCUAACAAGCAUAGCUUUCUUCAUCUUUACUGGAUUUACUGUUUGGGUUCUCGAACAUCGAAUAAAUAUUGCAUUUAGAGGUCCACCUUCCCAGCAUGUUGGCAUGAUCCUUUGGUUCCCCUUUUCAUCACUAGUAAAUGCACACAGAGAAAAAAUAGUAAGCAACUUGGCUAAGUUUGCUAUGGUGAUAUGGUUGUUUGUGGUGCUUAUAUUGAGCUCAAGCUACACUGCAAGCUUGUCAUCGAGAUUAACAUUGCAAAGGCUUCAACCAAUUGUGACCGAUGUGAACUCACUCAUAAAAAAUGGGGACUAUGUUGGGUACCAAUAUGGCUCUGUCGUUGGUGAUAUCUUGAAGGGAAUGAAGUUUAAUGAAUCCAAACUCAAGUCGUACAAAUCUCGUGAAGAUUGUCAUGAAGCUUUAUUAAAAGGAAGUAAAAAUAACGGCAUAUCAGCUUUUUUUGAUGUGGUGCCUCACAAUACGAUUUUUCUUUCCAAAUAUUGUGACAAAUACAUGGCAAUAGGGCCCCUCUAUCGAACAGAAGGAUUUGCAUUUGUUUUUCCUAAAGGGUCUCCUUUAGUUGCUGAUAUAUCUCGUGCAGUAAUUGCCAUAACAGAAGGUCGUAAGAUUUUGGACACUGAGCAACAUUGGUUAGGAAAUACCACAUGUCCAGAGCACAAUUCUUUCACCUCAAAUAGCUUAACUCUCCAAAGUUUCAUAGGCCUUUUCAUUAUUACUGGAUGUGUCACAGUUCUGUGCCUUAUUGUAUACAUAGUCAAGUACAUAUAUGGAAACAUAGAUCUUCUUAAAAGAAUAUGGAACUCUAGCACCACAACUUGGUCUAGAUUUUGUGCACUAUGCAGGCAUUUUGACCAAAGAGACCUCUCAUCCUAUCCUUUUAGCAAGAAGAGAGACAGGAUAGAUCAAGAUUUGGAACUUAAUGACAUUGGUGGAUCGUUUCAUUUUAGUGACGCUCCAAGCUUUUCAAGAAAUUCUAACUCCAAUGAAAUGGUUUCGCCAGUAGAAGAAGUAGAUGAUGCAAUUGAGGGUGUCAAUCCAAACUCAGAAGAUAUGGCUGUAGUGCAUAUUUGACAUCAACUGGCAUCUUUUAAUGCUUAGAUUUAACAAAAGGCGAAAAGGAAAGAAAGCAGUGUGACAACUCUCAAGGCAAGAAAAAGAAAAAAAAAAUUGUGCUCCAUGUAGACAUUGGUGUAGUUCUUGACUGCUACAUACCUAGUUGCUUUCAAUAUUUUGCAAAUGGUUUCGGUUAAUCUGGACUGUGAACCACUUGAUCUCCUUUGAAUUUAUCUCUUCCAAUUUCUUUUUCCAGGAUGCCCAAUUGUCGUAAUUUGCUUCUAUUGUGGCCUCCUUUUUUGCUUUAACAUUUUAGAAUAGGAAUGACUGUCGCAAAAAUAUAGACUAAUAGCUAUAAAUUUUUUGUUUGUUUUAAGGUUAGUACACCGUUAGUCCCCUAAUUACAA